AUGAGUGUGCACACUUUUGUUGGCGACUCAAUGUCUAUUCACGAUAUCCCUAAUUCUCCUAAAGACCCAACUUCCAAAGUAGCCACGUUGGAUUCGAUUCCCCAUACUGUGGAUGUAGAAAACCCAUCUUCUGAGUUAAAACAGGAAGCAGCUCAGCGUCAGACACCAUCCCCAAAUAUUGAUUCCUCUCAAUCCACUGAGGCAUUUAAGGAAAUUAUACAGGCUGCAAAAUUUGGUGAUCUGUCAAGAAUAAAAAACAUAAUAAACUCCCUGCCCCCUCAAGAUUUCCAAAUGAAUCCAGAAUCUAGUGUUAAUACGGUUCUAUUGAAUAGCACUGCUGCUACUGAGGCUGAUGUGGAUAUCGUCGUCGCUGUUUCUCCCUCGUCUCAACAGGCCCCCACUUCGUACUCUUCCUCUGGUGAGGAUCCGAAAACGGGAGGAAGCGACAUUAAGGAGCUAACUGGUCCAUCUCCUUCACAACCUCCUCCUGUUGCACAACUGACCUCUGUCGUUCCACCGACACCCAUCUCAGCCUCACAAUUAUCACAACCUAUGGAUUUAUCCACGUGUACAGAAGUGAAUUUAUCAGUGACUGUAUGGAAUAACUCUGGUGAUCUUCUGCCAAUCUCCCUUUCCCAUCCAGAUUAUCCUCCUAUAGUGCUUCAAUUAAAAACUGAUCCUCCUGCUCCCUAUGGUAACACAAUCAGUCUAAAUUUCACUCCGGAAUGGGUGUUAAGGCGAUUGAAUAAUAUGUUGGCAAUAAAUCCUUCCCUUGGCGCAAAUGGAACUCCUAUCAUAAUGUCUUUUUCUAUCGCUGCAAAUCGUCCCGACGCGCCGGCACAAUCCGCGUCGAACCAACAACAGCAGCAAUCUCUCCCCCUUACUCAAACUGGAAAUCCCCCUCCGUCAAGGACUAUCGCGAUACCUGUUCAAGCUGCUCAAGUCGAAACUAUCAAUGUUACGCCCACCAUCAUACAACAAGCGCCACCGCCUCAACCACCCCCUAUAAAACCUCUUCCGGGUACUCGAAAAAUGCGUCCGAUUGCUCCUAAACCACCCGCAUCCUCAAAUACAAUGUCGGCUGGUCUCGCGGGUCUUAGCUCAAUACGCUCUUCAAGUGGUCGUAAUGCAAGAAAGAUUAUAAGUACAGCACCUGUGACAAUUUCCGCUGCAGCACCAAUUGCUCCUAAUCCCCCUCUGAAUGCUGCUGUUACUCUUAUUCCAAAUGCAAAUUUAAACUCCCGUGGUGUUAGUGGUGUUUCAUCUUCCUCUAACAACAACGCCAGGAAUCGAAAUCGACGGAAAAAUGCUACCACUACUAAUGUGGCAGGAAAUAUUCCCCUCAUAACAAUCACUACUCUUUCACAAAUGUCAAAUUCAAUUCCUGUAGCUAUAACAAACAAUCCUCCUACAGCCAUUAUACCUCAAACCGGAGGGUAUGUGAUGGACAAUUCGGGAAAUCUAAUAGCUGCCGAUAAUACUACUGUAACAGGUGGAUUUAUGCAACCAAUUAUGCAUACUGGGGUUUCUAAUGGUACUGCUGCGCAACUCUUCACACCUGCCGGACAGCUCCUUGUUAAUGGGCCUAAUGGUAGCCUUAUCCCAAUGGCCAUGCUUCCUUCUGUGGAAGCUAGGCCUUCCGAUGCAGAAACCGGUGAUCUCCAGCAAAAUUCUUACCAAACCCUUCUAGUCCACGCGGAUGGCAGUAGUAGUGAAGGCUAUGCUCAGCAGGUCUACUUCAGAAGUGAUGGUACUGCAACUACUAAUGGCACCGGUACACAGCAAUUCAUAAUGACCCACCAAGGCUAUCAGGCAGCGAAUCAGGAAUUCCAAAUGCAAUCAUUUCAAACUGCCACUGCUGGUCAGCCGACAGAGUUUAUUCAGAGUAAUGGAGGCGGGACUUUCAUUAUUGAUGGCUCCUGCUAUAUGCAAUACUACGGUGGUCAGGUCCAACCUGUUGAAUCGGUGGAAAUUAGGGAUGCACCCGUGGAAGGUGAAGAAGAGGAUAUUCUUGAUACUGCUAUGCGAGUCGCUCGUGAAGGUUGUCCUGACAAUGAGGUGGUUAAUUUAAAUCAAUUUACUGAGGAUGGCGCUUCCAACAAUGGUUCUAUGAUUAAUGACUUCAUGCAGCAACAAUCAGCGUCGAAUACUAAUCCCGACACAGAGUAUGCCGAUCAACAACAACAACAGCAGGUUGAAGAUUUGACAGGUAGUACAGGGGAUGCGAAAAUCGAUGCUUUGUUGGCAGAGGCUGCGUUAGUUAGUUCGGUUAACGGGGUAGGGGAUAAUCAGUCUGCUGUGUCUGUGCCCGUUACUUCCUUACUUGGAAACCGUGUUGGAAAUGCUGAAAGUAAUACCAACGAGACGAUGCCAUUAAAUGCUGUUCCUGCUACUACUGAUGUAAACACGAAUGAUGAAUUUCCUCAAGCUCUUUACGAUAGCUUUGCCAACUUUAGCUCAACUACCAUGCAAGGAGAUAACCUUCCUAGUGCUCCUGAUACGAAUGCAUUUAAUUAUAUGUCUCAGGAGGUUAAUCUUGAAUCAGAUUUCUGUGGUGCUACUACUGUGGAUUUAGAUGCCUCCUCAUCUCAAAACGAUGCAGAUUCGUUCCUCAAGAACCUAGCUAGCCAAGUUGAUGAAAUGAGCGCGGAAUUUUCAGCGGCGGCAGCUAAAGGUGAAAUAAAAAAUCAUAACUCCUCGGAGCAAAAUCAGCCUUCGGCAUCAGGGAGUGUUUCCUUUAGUGAACAUGUUGAUGAAGACGCCGUUGUGACUCAUUUCGAUGAGGCAGGAGAUGAUAAUCAAGGGACAUCUCACCACCAAGUUGACGACAUGGAGGAUAUUCUACGAGCUGUCGAUGAUGAUGUGGAUGAAAUUUUUCUGAAUCGUGAUUAUGAUGUGGAUGGUUUUGGGUUACUCGAUCCCUCAUCUCCUCUUCGAGUUCCUGAUAGUUUGACUGAACCCAAUGCACCUGAAAGUGAUAAUCGUGGCUUAUUACAUCCUGUUGAUGAUAUUUCAAUUAAUGACUCACUCUUACCUCCGGAUUUGACUCUUCAAAGUGUUUCAGUGUUUGAAUCUAGUCCUCCACCUCCUGUUGCUACUAAUGCUACUCAGGAUCCACCCACUCCCAUUAAGAGAACGCUUCCUGAAGACUCUGGUGACGAUUCCGAUUCAUCGGGAAGUGAGUUGGACUUUCUUCCAAGUCGAGUGAAUCGACAAUCUAAUGAAAUACCACCUCAGCCAUCUGUUGUUUUGACAAACUCGGUUGAGCCUCAAGUUCAAUACUCUUCCUCUCCACUCUCUUCUCCCCAACAAGUACGAAAGUCUCCCAGACGAUCACCGAGGCAGUCUACACCACGAAGAAAAUUGGAUAAAAGGAGCUCUACACCAAGUGUUAUUCCUCUUUCACCACUACGUCGCAGUACGCGGAGAGGCAAUUCUAGUAGACAAGCCUCGGAGAAUUCCUCCACGCCUGUUUCACCUAAUAUCCGGCGCAGUUUACGAUCUUCGGCGGCAAAGCGGUUAGAGGAUGAUGACGAUCUUGCAAGGGCACUGACGCUCUCUGAUUCCGAGACCGUAGACAAUUCAUUUGAUGCUGCCAGAAAUCCCGAUACCACUUUUGAAACAGAACCUCAAGUAGCGGAAGAGUCGUAUACUCAUCCCAGCCAGGAAUCAAAUCAACUACAAUCUUCCAGAAACGAAAGAGAAACUAGUUUUUCUUCUCCUCUUACGGACUCCCCAUACAGUCACCUAUGGUUUUUGAGUUCUGAACGACCGAAGUCUUUUGGGCUUACCAAUAUUACCGAAGUUCCUACUCCUGUGCCUGUAAACAAGAUCCCUAGAAUUGGGUUGGAGCUGGAGUUGAAAGAUAAUCCAGUUUUACAAUCUGAUGCUUCUUUCUGGGGUAAUACUGCAUCUACAGGAAAUACAAAUACAACGGAAGAUGAAGAAGAUAACAGUGGUAAACAAUUAGUUGAGAGACGACCUCAGGAUUCGAUUUGUGCUUCCUCAGAUGACAGUGACUCUGACUCUAUCCUUAGUCUACAAGCAGCUGUUAGAGCCGGCUCUUUCACCCUAAACGUUAGCUUCAAUAGUCCCCUCACCUUGCCCCACGAUAACAAUACCUUCUCUCGUUUUGCGGAUUCCCCUUCUCUGCAGUCAUUUGAUACUCUUGCUGUUAUUCCCCCUUCAAUCUCCCGAUCCCAUUAUAGUCCUCCCUCUGUGGUUAAGUGUGCUAAUGAUUGUCCUGCUGAUUCUGAUCAGGCAGCUCCCUCUAUUCCAGAAAAUGAGGAUUCCUCUGAUGGUACUAUCACUCCUAAUUCAUGUAUUCCAGAUCCAGCUAAUCUUAGCUUUUCCGAAACUCUCUUUCCACCGAAAUUUCCAUCGAUUUCGAAGAUCUCAACGAAACCUAUACCAAUUCUUCAAAACUGUGCGACUUCUACUUCAUUUUCCUCGAUUGCCGAAGCUGCUGUGAAUCCCCCAAAAAUUGCCGAAGAAAUCCUAUCUACGACAUCUCAGGAACAACUUAUAGUUGUUGAGGAGAAUAUGAAUGGCGACACUGAACAUCUUGCAGUUCAGUCCGUAAUCAUUCCCUCUACAAGUCUUGUGCCUCCAGUUGCUACAAUGGUUACUACAACUAUGGAAGCAGCUGGGCGAAGCAAUGUGGCGGCGGAUUAUUCAACUCCUGCAGUAGAGAUUAUUGACCUUUGUCCAACUCCUUCACCCUUUAAAGAACCGCUCAGGAUGAAAAUCAACCUCUCUAGUAUUCGGUCGCACCACCACCGCCAUCGUAAGGAGAAAAGGGGGAAAGGCAAGAAGAACAAGAAAAAAGAGAGCCAACAGGCUGCUACUGCCUUAAAACGCAUCAGACCAAUUGAAGAGACUGCCGCCGACUCAAAGUAUGAACCGACCCCUCCAAAGGUUGGGAAGCUCAUCAUUUCACGAGUUGGCGACUCGUAUCACAGACAACCGAUUACUUCAGACGUUGACAAGGACGGUUGUGAAUCGUUUCGUUCAGUUGUGGGGUCAAAUUUCGAACCAUUUUCACUAUUGUCAUCACCAAUUAUCCCUGCAUAUAUGAAUCCUCGGAGCCUGAUUAAUAAACCUAAGCGUGGUCGUGGGCGUCCAAUUACCAAAGGAGGCACAACAGGAACCCGAGGUAGACCUCGUGGAAGUCGAGGAAUUGGACGGGGGAUUGUUCAAAGGGGAAAAAAGGGGAUUAACGCUCUUCCGGAGUCACAACAAAAAUGGCCCUCUCCAUCUCCUGUUGAUGUAAACAAGGCUUCCAGUCCCGAGGUGGGAAAUCUUGCAAAUACAAUUCAGCCUACUGAGCCCCCCACUAACGCUGGCCGAAAGUUCUUUUCAUCUUCGAAAGAAGAUCGACGAAGUAGUGCUAUUACUAAAAAUCGUUCAUGGCGGUCACCGUAUGUGACUACAGUGCGUAAGCGCGGACGUUACUCAGGCCCUCUGUUCACACGCGACCGUCGAAAUAGUCAAAGUCAGAAUCAACAGCAAUCGGUAUCAAUAGCUCAAUCCGCUGCCAUUUUGCCGCCUUCCGCAACAGCCAACUUGCCUCUCACCGAACCCCUUCGUGUUAGGAUUCGCAUGAACACGAAUGAGAGCAGUAGUGGUCAGCCCUCGGGAAAUAGUCAAGCUGGAACAGCAAGUGAGCAACUUCAAGCCACUGAGGGUAGCACCAUAUUGACAACGAGUAAUCCAGAUGAGGAGCAGUAUCACAACGAGAUAGGCAAUCUCGAAGCACAAUCUCGACCUCAAUCCCAAGGUGAUGGUGGAGUUUCGAUCUUCUUUGUCGCUCCUGAAGCAGAGACUUUUGUGGACAAGAAUCAGGCGCGUGUAAGGGUGGUUGUCAACCGGGCAGCAUGUCUUGCCAAUGGAGUUGACCCAGGAUUGUCUGAUGAUGAUGAUUCGGAAGACGAUGAUAAUAAUGAAGAUGAUAAUGAAAGUGGCGAUGGUGGAAAUGGGCGAAGGCUCUCUCCUGAUGCUCCUCCAUCUCAUCGACCCUCUUCGAGUAAUCCUCCGAGAUCUCAUGGAGGUGUUGAUCAACAUCAACAGUCUUCCUAUCGGGGCGAUCAUCAUUCUACUGGUCAACCACAAAGUUAUUCGUCGUCCCAAACGCCUUCCUUUAAUCAUCAGCCUGCAGCAACACCUGUAUUUACUUCAACGCGUUGUGAUAUGAAUGUGUCUUCCUCGGCAGCAGCGACGCAUCAGCAUGUUCAACCAACGACAACAGCAACUCGAACCCCAGUUGACACACAUGAAAGUGCAAGGAGCAGUAGUACUGCAUCUGGAAGUCUUCCAGCUCCAAGCACAAUCUCUCCCGCACCUUUUACUCUCUCCCAAGCUAGCAACAAUGAGGUCGUUACCGAUAACCGCAACGAGUCUAAUUUCUAUCAAAGGCAGCGGCAGAUGUCAUCGGGCCGGCAGUUUGCUGAAAUGAGACAUCCUUCUCCUUCCCCCCAGGGUGCAAGUACUUUUCACCAACAACAGCCAUCUCGGGAAGCUUUCGCGGCUGCCUAUGCUGCUAUGUUCGCCAAUCCCUACUUUCUGAUGCCUCCUUAUGCUACCUAUGGUCAAAGUGACCAACAACCCUCUCGUGAUAUGCGCUUAGAGAGCCAUUCAAAUACCCUACACCAUCACCUAUCUUCACAACAGGAUGACCAUCAACGAAUUCCUCCUUCGUAUCAUGGAGACGGCUCGUCGACAAAUGAGGCCCACCAGAAUCAUAAUUCCUUUUCUCUCACCUCGAAUUUCUCAAAUCGAAUUCCAGAAAGAGAUGCACUGAAUUACUAUGCUUGGAAUGCACAGCAUCAAUAUCAUCACGCAAAUGCAAUUAGAAGUACUGAUAGAUACUCCUAUCCUACGGUGUCGUCUCCUUUUCCUAGUCAAAAUUCCUCAUCGGCUAACCACUCAGGAAUUACCUCGGCGGGAGCCGCUUCUCAAUGGUAUCAGGGCGUUGCACGUUCUUCUGAGCAGCCUGGUGUCGUCACCCAACCUCCUCUAAAUUCUACGUCAAACUACCCACAGUUGGAUGAUUCUGUUGUCGCGGCUGCUGUCGCCGCAAGAUAUCGACUGUCUCCGUAA